AUGAAGACCUCCGGCGUCAUCUUCAUCUCUGUCUUACUGCUUUGCCUGGCCUUCGAUGCUACUGGUCGUCCCAGUGAUCUCGGCCAGAUUCGUCGCCGACAGGUGAUGCGAACGACGUCUAUAUUGAAUGAUCCCGCGCCUCAACCAGAUUUACCAACUGUUCAAGAAGCUCAAACAGCGGCAGCAGCCGUUGGCUUAAACUUGGAUGCCAUCCAGGCAGAUAUCUUGGUGGGGAUGAAGAAGAAGAAGGAGCUGUUCUUCUUUUUCGGUAUUCAAAAUGCGACCGACUUUAAGAGCAAGCUGGGAACAGAUAUCCACCCUCUCAUUACUUCUACGACGCAGAUAUUGGAUAUUUCCACCCAGCCUCUAACAGCUGUCAAUAUUGCUUUUUCCCAGUCGGGACUCGCUGCUUUGGGCAUCACUGAUAAUUUGGGUGACCAGUUCUAUUCCCAAGGACAGGAAGCCGAUUCUGCAGCCAUUGGUGAUCCUGGAAUGGGCAGUUGGGUACAAUCGUUUGCGGGAACAUCUGUUCAUGGCGUUUUCCUCCUUGCAUCGGACACUAUUGAUAAUGUCAAUGAGACGCUGUCAGACAUCUCAUCGAUAUUCGGCGACGCCAUCGCUGAACUACACCGUGUUCAGGGUGAGGCCCGUCCUGGGUCAGAGGAGGGACACGAACAUUUUGGGUUCAUGGAUGGAAUCAGUCAGCCAGCCGUUAUUGGCUUUACACAAUCGCCAUUUCCGGGUCAGCUAGCUGUCGAUGCAGGAGAAAUCCUACUUGCUGAGGAAGGAGAUAGUACUGCUCGUCCGCCAUGGGCUAAAGAUGGCUCGUUCCUGGUCUUCCGUCAGAUGGAGCAGCUGGUCCCAGAGUUCAACAAGUUCUUGUUGGACAAUCCGAUUUCUGAGCCCGGUGUGCUCACUCCCGAGGAGGGAUCCGCCUUGUUGGGAGCUCGUAUGCUCGGACGAUGGAAGAGUGGAGCACCCGUUGAUCUUGCGCCGUUGUUUGAUGACCUUACGCUGGCGGCAGAUCCUAUGAGGAACAACAACUUCACCUACCACCAAGACGGUGAAAGUAGCACUGACCAGACUAGGUGUCCCUUUGCCGCCCAUACCAGGAAGACACGACCCCGAGGGGAUUUCACGCCGGAGGACACGGCGCAUCACAUCAUUCGCGCUAGUAUCCCGUACGGACCCGAAGUGACUGAUGAUGAAGCGGCAUCAAACACGACAAGCGCUUCCUUGGAACGUGGUCUUGCCUUUGUCGCAUAUCAAUCCGACAUUGGCCAGGGCUUCCGAUUUUUGCAGCAGGUUUGGGUCAACAAUGCAAACUUCUUCCAGGCCGGAACCGGUGUAGAUCCUAUCAUUGGGUCUGCAGGGACCGAUCCUUCUCUAAGAAAUCGUACAAUUACUGGUCUAGAUCCAACAGACCCGGGCAGUGCUAUCACAUUGCAGAAUGAUUUCGUUGUGUCACGGGGUGGAGAGUACUUUUUCUCGCCCUCCAUCUCCGCUAUAUUGAAUACCAUUUCGGCCUAA